AUGGCUUCCCUACGCGCCGUACAACCCCUCGCUCGUCGAGCUCCGGCAUUGUUUGCUUCGAGAGCUGGUAUACAGUCUGCCGGACGGAGAUUCCUGAAUACCGACUCGGCUCCUGUCCUCUACUCGGCACAUGCCAAGGUCGUGGGGGCGCGCACCGGCCACGUCGAAGGCGACGACCUCAAGGUCGGCCUAACCAUGUCCAAAGCACUCGGCGGCACCGGCGACAAGGGCAAGACGAACCCGGAGGAGCUCUUCGCGGCGGGCUACGGCGCGUGCUUCCAGUCGGCUAUGAACGCGUCGGCGGCGUCGCUGGGCAUCCGCAUGCCCACCACGCCCGAGGACAGCAUCGUCGAGAACACCGUGCACCUGGUCGGCGAUAUGAAGAACCUCGACAUGGGCAUCCGCGUCGACAUGAAGAUCAAGAUCCGCGGUCUGGACAAGGCUGAUAUUGAUAAGGUGGUGGAGAAGGCGAAGGAGGUCUGCCCGUAUAGCCGGGCUACUAGGGGAAAUGUCACGACGAAUAUUGCGGUGGAGCAGAUGUAG